ACCAUUAAUUUACCGUGAUUUGCAUCCUGCCACAUGUUUUGUCGGGUCGGAGGGUGGGGUGCCCUUAGGAAUGGGGAUUUAACCUUUUGGGAGAACUUGAACAAGGGCUUCACCCUAUUGCAACGUAACUGCCACUUGGUUAUCAUACUCUACAAGCUAGUUAGUUAUCAGUUAUCACACAGCCUAGCUACUUAUAUAUAUUUCCCGCCGGUAUCUUCUGUUUGGCUAUCAUAUCACAGUACUAUAGAUUCCGAAAUGCAGAACCUCGGACGGAAUCCGAUAAUGUUGGUUCCUGUCGUGCUACUAGCGGCGUUCUUGUCUCUAACAGUCUUCCAAUCCUCCGCCAUGAACGCGACAACCUCGGACGACAUUCAUCAGGUUGCCCAUUCAGCUUGUGAUCGCAGCCUCUACCGUGAUCUCUGCGUGUCAACCUUAGUGAAAACCCCCGAUCUUCGCGCCAAAUCUAUCCCCGAAAUAAUCUCCGCCACCGUGAAUGUCACCGUGUCGGAGAUUACAACAGCCGCCGCUAACUGCAGCCGCAUCCGGAGGGUGGUUCCCGACCUGGGAACGAUGGAGAGCCGCGCUCUCUACGUCUGCCUGGAACUUUUCUCCGACACGUUGGCGGAUCUCCGGACAGUCCUCGACGGUCUCGAGAAUUCUCCGGCAAAGCGCUACGCCGACUUGCAGACACUCCUCAGCACCGCCAUGACCAACCAGUACACCUGUCUCGAAGGCUUUCCGUACAGCAAUAAGAACGUGCGCCCGUUCAUAAUCAAACGCGUCGAACAAAUCUCUCGCCAUGUCAGCAACGCUCUUUCCAUGCUCACCAAGAUCAAGAAAGAAAAGAAUAAGCCUUCCGCCCUAUUUGGGCCUUCCUAUUCUUCUUCAUCGUUCCGGCAGGAACACGGAGAAAUGAAAGAUGGGUUCCCCAAGUGGCUGUCGAGGAGGGACAGGGCGCUGCUAGAAGCUCCGACGGGUAAGAAGAAACGUAAAAUCAAGGCUGAUGUUACGGUGGCCAAGGACGGUAGCGGCGACUUUAAAAGCAUCAAUGCCGCCCUGUCAGCAGCUCCGGAUUCAAGCGAUACCAGAUAUGUGAUACACAUUAAGGCUGGUUCUUACUAUGAGUACGUAGAUGUUGAUAAGAAGAAGACCAUGAUAAUGUUCGUCGGAGAUGGCAUUGGAAAAACUCGCAUUAAAGGAAACCGGAACGUCAAAGAUGGAUGGCCUACUUUUCGUUCUGCUACCGUUGCUGUGGUCGGAACUGGAUUCAUAGCAAUAGGCAUAUCAUUCGAAAACUCUGCCGGACCGGAGAAACACCAAGCUGUGGCACUCAGGGCUGACUCCGACUACUCUGUCUUCUACGAUUGCAGGUUCGUGGGCUACCAAGACACCCUGUACGUUCAUUCCCGCCGGCAAUUUUUCCGGGAAUGUGACGUCUACGGCACGGUGGACUUCAUUUUUGGUAACUCAGCCGUGGUGUUCCAAAAGUGCAAUUUGUACCUGCGCAAACCCCUGCCCGAACAGAAGAAUGUGAUCACGGCCCAAGGAAGAUCGGAUCCUCAUCAAAACACUGGCAUUUCAAUCUUGCAUUGCCAAGUGAAGGCGGCGGCGGAUUUGAUUCCGGUGGAAUCCGACUUCAAGAGUUACCUCGGACGUCCCUGGCAAAAAUAUUCUCGGACUGUUUUCAUGCUGUCAAAGAUCGGCAGUUUGAUUGACCCUGCCGGAUGGUUGGAAUGGCAAGGCGACUUUGCUCUCAAAACUCUCUACUACGGGGAGUACAAGAACAAAGGGCCCGGCGCCGAUACGUCUAACAGAGUGACAUGGGCGGGGUAUAGAAUCAUCAAGCGCGCCAAAGUGGCCAAAUAUUUCACUGCCGCCAAUCUCAUCGACGGCGGAGAUUGGCUGCCCGUAACCGACCCUAAAAUCCCAUACUAUCCCGGUUUAAAAAAAACAAAGAAGAAAAAUUCUCAGCGAUGACUGGGAAGAAGCGGAACGAGGACACCGGGUCUUUAACGCGAUAUCCAGUUUUCCAAGUAACUUUUUUCCGACUCAAAUUUAAGGUCGUCCCUGUCGGUUGAUUUGGAAAAUGAGAAGCAAAGUCGUCCAAGUCUUCUCCGUGCAACUUCAAUUGAAGUUUGUUGGUUUUCUACCAUUUGCAUAGCACCCCAAUAAAUUAUAUGUUAAUACUUUUGUGAGACCGUCACACAAAUCUUUAUUCGUGUGACAAUUCAAGUCGGAUCAAGUCAAUAUAUAAAUGUAAUACUUAUAUUAAAAAAUAUAUUACUAAU